GUCGGCUCCGGGCCGCGGCCGGAUCUCCGCCCCCUUCAGUCUGCCCUUCCGGAAGUUCCACCUCCCGAGAUUUCGCUUCCUGCUCCGCUUACUCCUUCCGGUCGCCAUGGCGACCGGGCGCCUUGGGUUGGGGGAGACCCUCGGAGCCCUCAACGCGGCCCUGGGGCCAGGCGACCCCGUGUGGUUCAAGGAGACGCGCGCUCGCCACCUGCGUGCCCGAGACUUCCUGGCGCCGCGGCGCGCACUCCAGGCCCGUUUCGGGGAGGGGCAGGUGCCCGAUCGCGUUGUACAUGCUGUUGCCUGCCUACAGGGCCCAGGUGUGGCCCCGGUGCUGCGCUGCGCGCCGACCCCCGCGGGUCUGUCCCUCCAGCUGCAGCGGCCCGCGGUCUUC